GUGCAGAGAAUGAGAGAAAAGCAUCUGUGCUUCAAUAAAGGAGAGAUGGAUAUCUGGGAAUGCGCGGAGUUAUUGAAUGACAUUGUGGAUGAGAGUGACCCCGAUCUGGAUGUGCCUCAGAUUGAGCACCUCCUGCAAACUGCAGAAGCCAUUAGAAAAGAUUAUCCUGACCAAGACUGGUUUCAUCUCACUGCCUUUAUUCAUGACUUAGGCAAGGUUUUGCUUCAUCCCAAAUUUGGCCAGUCACCUCAAUGGGCUGUGGUCGGUGAUACAUUUCCAGUUGGAUGUCCCUUUGAAAAAUCUAUUGUACAUCACCAGAUGUUCCUUAACAAUCCCGACUCUUGGGAUCCAAAAUACAAUAUUGGAUCAGGAAUCUACAAAGAGGGGUGUGGAUUUGAAAAACUUGUCAUGUCGUGGGGGCAUGAUGAGUAUAUGUAUCAGGUGAUGAAAGAGAACAAAUCAACGCUACCUCCACAGGCCUAUUUCAUAGUAUGCUAUCAUUCAUUCUAUGCAAUGCAUGUUGGAGGUGGCUACAAACAGUUGAUGAAUGAGUUGGACCACCAAAUGCUUCCAUGGUUGCUGAAAUUCAACAAAUAUGACCUUUACAGCAAAAGUAGCGUUCGUACCGAUGUGGAGAAACUGAAACCAUAUUAUCACUCUCUCAUUCAUAAAUAUUUUCCAGACAAGGUCAGGUGGUAA